AUGGCCGUUUAUGCCUCCCAACUCGGGGCCAAAGGCCCUUUCACCAACAAUGCUCCUCUGCCUACUCACGCGGCGCCGGCGGGAACCUUCAUGCCUGGAACCAAAGUUCAGGUCGGCGACCAUAGAGUCGUCAUUGACCGCUAUCUCUCUGAGGGCGGCUUUGCCCACGUCUAUGUUGUUCAGCUACCGCACCCCGUUGAUGGAAAUCAGAAAGCAGUCUUGAAACGAGUGGCCGUUCCCGACAAGGAGCACCUGGCCAACAUGAGAACGGAAGUCGAGACCAUGAAAAGGCUGCGGGGUCAAAAGCAUAUCGUCAAAUACAUUGAUUCUCACGCUUCGCAAUUGAAGGGCGGUGGCUACGAAGUAUUCUUACUCAUGGAGUUCUGCCAGGGAGGAGGCUUGAUCGAUUUCAUGAAUACUCGGUUGCAGAAUAGGUUGACUGAGCCGGAGAUCUUGAAAAUCUUCACAGACGUUGCAGAAGGGGUGGCAUGCAUGCACUACCUAAAUCCUCCAUUGAUGCAUCGAGACCUCAAGGUCGAGAACGUUCUCAUAUCCACAUCAGGUUCGUCCAGGAUAUACAAACUGUGCGAUUUUGGUUCUGCAGCACCCCCCAGGCCAGCCGCCACAACAGCGGCUGAAGGCCACCUGAUUGAAGAUGACAUCAGUCGUCAUACAACCCUUCAAUAUCGCAGCCCUGAGAUGAUCGACGUCUAUAGGAAACAGCCUAUUGACGAGAAAUCGGAUAUUUGGGCUCUGGGAGUCUUUUUAUACAAACUCUGCUACUAUACCACCCCGUUUGAAGAAGUUGGACAAAUGGCCAUUCUGAACGCCAGUUUCAAAUUUCCGGGCUACCCGCGUUUUUCGGACCAGCUGAAGCUGAUGAUUGCUUCCAUGCUUCGUGAACGGCCUUCUGACCGGCCAAACAUAUAUCAAGUUUUGCAGAAAGCAUGUCAGUUGGACGGUCGUGAAUUACCAAUCCACGACAUCUACUCACACCGGACUCAAUCGGAAAGUCGAAAAGACCAGGUUCUACCACAACCAUCAAGCUCUCAGUCCAGAGCUGGUGCCACGUUGUCCCCUCCUAAACAAGAAGUCGCUCCAAGCAUUCCGCAGAUUGAACCAAUGCGUCGAGGGCGGCCAACGAAACCGAUCUCCCAUCAUGGAUCUGCCAAACCCAGUCCUUCACCUCUACGAAUGAUGGACAGCGCGGAUCCUUUUACGGCGCUAGAUGGAAACAAAGCUUCGGUGGAGGAUGAACUAUCGUCACGAUUUCCCACUUUGGAUCAGUUCAGCCUGCUCACUGAUUCGGGCAAGAAAUUUUCCUUCGAGACUCAGACGGAAAGGAAACAAGAGAGCGUUGACCCUGCUUUGGCCCAACGUGUUACAAAUGCUCUGGCAGACGACGCUUUUGCUCGAGCGCCUAGUCCAAUCAAAUCAAAGCCGACCACGGAAAAGCCAGCCCCUGCUGUCAAAUCGCAAACUGUUUUGCAGCAUAAAAAAUCAUUCGAGAACAAGGAGGCCCAAGUCAGAGUUAGUGCUGUACCUGUUCCCGCCGCAAAACCAGCAAUGGUCUCCACUGGCACCAUGACGUCGCCCUCCCCUCCCUCUUCUAGUACCAAAACGUUUUCAGAGCGCCCAAUUCAUCGGUUCUCUCCAAAAGAUCAACCGCCAAGGUCGCCAAGUCUCAGUCGUCCUUCCAGUCAAGCUCGGGCACCUGAUACGAGCAAAAACGGUUCCAGACUCGCCGGUCUUCUGAGGGAAGACGCAAUUAGAUCGCAACUCGCAGGAGAUGUGGAACCCAGGUCACCAACUUCAUCACGACCGUCCUUGGAAGGUGGUCGUCCAACCAUGCGGGAACUUAACAACUCAGGCGUCAGCAGGUCGAGAUCGCUGAAUUUCAGAAAUCGUCCGGCCAGCGUCAACAUUGGAGCCAGACCGACCCAUAUUAAGGACAAGGAAAUUAAACGCAUGGACUAUGAUACCACUUUUACGAGCGCAGAGCCCGAGAUGCCACCUUUAACUCAUUCAGAAUCCGCCACAAACAUUGCAUCGAACGUUGACUUCCUCAAAGCUAAGGAGGAAGAAGAAAGAGAACGCAAGUCUCAUCACAGACGCUUGGGCAGUGGCUCGAGACAUGUAAAACGAUCCAGUCUACCAUCGAUCGGACUUGCUGGUACGACCAAGCUGUUAGCAGGCAAAUUUGGCGACGCCUUCAAGAUGUUUGAAAGCAAUGAUUCCAAUCACCACCGGCAACGGAGCGAUUCUCCCUCCAGGGACCCGAUCAAUAUUCUUACCCCGAUUGCCGGAUCGGAAGCUACGGAUUUGAGUGAUGACCGACAACCAUGGGAUGAGACUGACGAUUUAUCUCCGGAGAUGAAACGUGAACUGGAAAAAAAGAAGCUCGAGGCAGAAGAGAGAAGAGUGGCCAAUGCCGCGGCAGAAUAUCGGCAGAGACUAGCAGCAAGAGGCGGUGGUGCUGCAGGCGCCGGAGGAGCUGUUAAAGCGGCUUCCAUCCAGAACCGCGUGAACUCCCUACUCAGCGAGAACGCUCGGCCUGCUCAAAAGACAGCAACUGGUUACGGUCGGUUCACAGAAUCACCUAUCCCUGCCCGAGAGGAAAGAUUGGAUGAGAGACUAUCACAACCUUCCAGAGUGCUUUCCCCUCAGACAUCAACUAUUGGCGAAAGACACGGCGUACCAGAGGUUGUAUCAGCCCCGGCUUCUGCCGCUGACCUUACAGGAGUGGAUUCUCGAGGGCAGCGCCCUGUUGCUCCUCCUAAACCUAAGGUGUUACGCACAGCAAUGGGUGAUUCAGGACAUGCGCUAAAGAGUGAAGAGGCGCUUGUCGCAGAUACAGAUGAGGAUUGGGAAGCCAACUUCAGCAAGCGAUAUCCCAGUCUGGCUGGACUUGAAAUGGUUGAGACAUCAAUAGAUGGACCGAAAUCCACGACGACAGUGCGUAUGAAGGAAGUGUAA